AUGUUUGAUCAGAAAUCAACCGGAAGUGAAAGGAAGGCCUUCCUAGUUGCCAUAUUGGAGGACGAACAGGCGGAGGAGGAGGAGCAAGAGGUUGCUGAUGAUGAAGCUCUUAAUGACAUGAUUGCAAGGAAUGAAGAGGAAUUGGAAUUAUUUCAGAGGAUGGAUUUGGAGAGAGCUGCAAGAGAAGCUAUGGAUCCCAGCCUGCGUCAUAAACCACGCCUUAUUCAAGAAGAUGAGCUGCCAUCUUGGUUGCUACGGGAUACAGAGGAGGUGGAGCAAAUGGCCUUUGAAGAGAAUGAGGAACGUCUUUUUGGAUUAGGGAAGAGACAGCGUAAAGAGGUUGAUUACUCUGAAGCACUGACAGAGAAGCAAUGGGUGAAGGCACUGGAAGAUGGAACAUUAGAGGAAGUGGAGGAAACAAAAAAGAACAGGAAGAAAAGGAAGAGGAAGGAUAUUGCAUUAUUAGGAGAAGAGACAAAGGUGAAGAAAGAAAAU